UAAAUUGGUCCAGUUUUGGUAAAGAAGUGUCGGCAGCUGCUCGUUGAUUUUCUUGCCCAUCUCCAUUCCUGCUUCUAUCUUCCUUUAAAUUUACGAGCUUCCCCUAACAUCCUGCAAGCUAAUUAAGCUAUUCUCCUUCUUCAGCAAGCUCAACAUGGCGAUGAUCUUAGAAGCUUCUAUGAAAAAAUUAUCUGGAUCGCUCGGUGAUUCUGCCCUUGGAGAGGUGAUCAUGCUGCUAGGUGUGAAGGACGAGCUCCAAAAGCUACGUGAACUGAUGGAGAACAUCCGAUGCCUACUGAAAGAUGCAGAAAAGAAAAGGUUUGAUAAGUCAUCAACCACCGAGCUCUGGCUUUCUAAGCUUAAAGAUGUGAUGUACGAUGCUGAUGAUAUCAUUGACCGUUGUAGAAUUGAGGGCACUCUGCUGCUCUCUGAUCAAAAUUUUGAAUCUAGAACUUCGUCGGUAUGUUGCGACUUCUUAUCUGCCUUCUCCUCCUGUUUCACUAGCGUUCUUUUGCGCCAUGAGAUUGGAAACAAAAUGAAGGAUAUUAAUGAAAGACUCGAGCAUAUAUAUGAAGAUAGAAAUCAUUAUAAACUAGAGAAAUCCACUAUAUCCGAAACCCCACAAUUUACUCGACCUGAUCAUAAUACUUCUCCCUUGGUUGAUUCUUAUGUUGUGGGAAGAGAGGUCGAAGAUGUAGCAAAUAGUUUGGUUGAUCGUUUGGUUGGGGAGCAGGUUGAUGAAAAAUGCUCUGUUUUUGCUCUUACCGGCAUGGGCGGGAUAGGGAAGACAACUAUGGCUAAAAAAAUUUUUAACCAUCCAAAAAUUCAAACCUAUUUCAAUGAAAAGGUGUGGGUUUGUGUUUCGGAGACUUAUGUAGAAACUGAGUUAUUAAAGCAAGUAAUAAGAGGGGUAAAUGGGCGCCGGCACUAUGAAAAUGCUAAUUCUAAAGCAGAGUUAGAACCCAUUCUCAGAAAUUCUAUUGCUUCAGCUCAUAGCCUUUUUCUUGUUUUAGACGAUGUGUGGAGGGGGAAUGUGUGGGAUGAAUUGCUUAGAGUCCCGUUGCAGCAAUCUAACGUGAAUGUCAAAAUCUUAGUCACAACUAGAUAUGAAAAUGUUGCGAAGGAGAUGAAGGCAGUGAUUCAUCAUGUGAAUUGUCUUUCUGAAGAGAGCAGUUGGGAUAUGCUUCGUAGGCAGCUUUUCUCAAAGCAAGAAGAAGAGCUAGCGAAUGACUUGAAGGAUCUAGGAUUAAAGAUUGUAAGCAAAUGUGAAGGACUUCCUCUUGCAAUCAAAGUAAUUGCUGGAGUUCUUGUCACAAAAGAGUGCACUAGGAAGGAGUGGCAAAAUUUUCUUAGAAAUUAUGCGUGGUCUAGUAGCGAGCUUUCUGAUGAGCAGAUAAGAGGAGCCCUGCGCCUUAGUUUUGAAGAUUUACCUUCACAUCUCAAGCAAUGUUUUUUAUAUUUCUCUUUAUAUCCUGAGGAUGCAAAGUUAGAUAUGCAGGAGUUUGCCCUGCUUUGGGUGGCCGAAGGAUUCAUAACAGAGCAACAAGAUACAUUAAUGGAAGAUUUAGCAAAACAAUUGUUCAAUGAGUUACUCAAUCGAAAUCUUUUGCUUCUAGGUGAUGGUACUGGUCUUGUGUGCCAAAUGCAUGAUCUUAUCAGAUAUCUAGCCAUUUUUUAUUCAAAAGAAGAAACUUCCUUUGGAAAUUUGAAUGUGAGGAACUCCAGCAAAUCAGCCAAGCUUCGUCGCCUAUCAGUUGCAAAUCAAGAAGCAGCAGUCGAAACACUCGAUUCUAUUGCAGAUCAGGGAGCCCUGAGAACCUUGCUUGCUUCACGUUCUAAUCUAUUAUUGGAUGAUGAAAGAUUGAGGCGGCUCUCACAUCUUCGUGUCUUGGACAUUUCCGAUACAAAAAUUCAAGUACUUUCUGACUCCAUAGGAAACCUAAUGCAUUUGAGGUAUCUUAAUUUGAAAUAUACACAAAUAAGGGCAAUACCAAAAUCCAUAGGGCAAUUAACAAACUUACAAUUCUUGGACUUAAGUUUUUGCAUAUAUUUGACAGAAAUUCCUAGUGAAGUUACUCUGUUACACAAUCUUAGGCGCCUUGAUAUUAAUGAAACACCUCUUAGUUUCAUUCCAAAAGGAAUAGAUAAACUGCAACAACUUAAUUAUCUAAGUGGUUUUGUGGUGUCCAACAAUGACUCUAGCAGCAGCAAAUUGGAAGAGUUGAAUUCUCUGAAACAUAUAAGAACGCUCAACAUUGGCGAGUUGAAGAGACCUCAAAGUGAAACAAUAGUUCUUAAGGAACUACCUUACCUUUGUACUUUGAAGUUGAAGUUCUCUGCGGACAACUUAAGUCCCAAUGAGGAACAAGAGCUGGAAGUUGAGAAGCUGUUCAACAAGAUAAUACCUUCACAAAGUCUGGAAGAUUUCACAAUAUCAGGCUACUUCGGUCUCCGUUUCCCAAGUUGGAUGUUCACAUCUUUCGAAAUUUUCCUUCCAAAUUUGACUAAAUUGGUGUUCGUGGGCAUAACAUCAUGCACUUUGCUCCCGGCAUUAGGUCAAUUGCCUAAACUUAGAGAGCUUGUUAUUAAGGGUGCGUCUAAAGUGGAGAAAAUUGGACCAGAAUUUUUUGUUAGUUACGACAAAGCAACCAAGAUUGCUUUCCCCAAUCUUGAACAACUUGUAAUCGUGGAUUUUCCUAACUUGAAAGAAUGGUCUUUUGGUGCUCAAGUUGAGCAAAAUGCAAGGCUUCCAUGUUUACAAAAACUAACAAUCGGGCAGUGCGAGUUACUGAAACAGCUACCAGAAGAUCUAAAGUACUCUCCUAUAAAGUUUCUUAAAAUAUUUGAAACUCGUAGCCUGAAAUCAGUUGGCAAUCUCCCAGCUCAAAUUGAGGAACUAGAAUUACGUCAAUGUGGAAAUUUAGAAAAGAUCUUUUGUCCCCCUACGUUAAAGGCACUUUUUGUUUUAGAGUGCAACGCUUUGGCUUACGUGGAGAAGCUUGAUUCAUUGAAAAAGUUAGGUUUCACUAAUAUAUACAGUGACGGCGGUCUUCCAGAGUGGCUAUUGAAGCUUCUGCGACAACGGAGGUUGCAAAAUGAUUCUAAUGAUAGCUUCGAGCUUUGGUUGACAUGCACUAAGGAGGUUUUUCCAGAAUGCUUAAAAGGAGGUUCUUAUUGGGACCUAAUUCAACACAUUCCACAAGUAUCAUGUUGGGGCUUUGAUUAUGCUUAUUAUCUUCGAUAUAGUAAACAACCCUAUGUUUACGAAACAAAUUUCUAUGAUAAUUUUUUUUGA